UUAAGUAGGUAGUGAUCAUCACUAUGAAAAGUUACAUUUUUGUUACUCUUGCUUUUAUUUUAGCCGCUACAGCGGCUAGUGUCGUUAAAAACGAUGCAAAAUAUAUUAUAAAAGAUGAUGAUUCUCCAGACACCGAUUGGUGGAAGACAGCUGUAUUCUAUCAAAUCUACCCAAGGUCUUUCAUGGACAGUGAUGGAGAUGGAAUAGGAGAUUUGCAAGGCAUUAUUCAAAAGCUACACCACCUUCAAGACGCAGGAGUUACAGCGACAUGGCUAUCUCCAAUAUUCAAGUCUCCCCAAGUGGAUCAAGGAUACGAUAUCAGCGAUUACAGAGAUAUAGACCCAGAUUAUGGUACCCUGGAUGACCUGAAGGAAUUGUUAGAAUUGGCUAAGGCACUCGGUAUCAAAAUUAUUUUGGAUUUCGUACCUAAUCAUACGAGUGACCAGCACGAGUGGUUCCAAAAAUCUGUCGCUAAAGAGAAGGGGUACGAAGAUUUUUAUGUUUGGCAUGAUGGGAAGGUUGUCGAUGGUACAAGGGUACCACCAAAUAAUUGGCUAUCGGAAUUCAAAGGAUCUGCUUGGGAAUUCAAUGAGGAGAGACAGCAAUAUUAUUACCACGAAUUUGCCAUCCAACAACCAGAUUUGAACUAUUCCAAUCCAAAAGUGGUUGAAGCUAUGAAGGAUGUUUUAAGAUACUGGCUAGACUUUGGCGUAGAUGGCUUUAGAGUUGACGCUGUGCCUUAUCUCUUUGAAGAUCCAGAGUUCAAAGACGAACCUCUUAUCGAUGGAUGUACUGAUGUUACUAAUAAGAACUGUUUGGAUCAUAUCUAUACCAAAGACCUUCCACCCACCUAUGAUAUGAUAUACGAAUUCAGGGAAGUUCUCGAUAACUUCACUGAAACUAACAAAGUUGAUACAAGAGUAAUGAUGACAGAAGCGUAUGCUGCAAUCGAAAAACAAAUGCUAUACUAUGGCAAUGCCGAUGGGACUGUAAAAGGAGCUCACUUUACCUUUAACUUCGGGUUCAUAUCUUCUUUAUCUAAGGAUUUUACUGUAGACGAUAUUGUUAACGCUAUUAGAACGUGGAUCAAGAAUAUUCCUGACCAAUAUACGAGCAACUGGGUUCUAGGUAACCACGACAACCGUAGGGUGGCCACCAGGUUAGGAAGAGAAAACGUAGACGGCUUCAAUAUGCUGACUGCCAUCCUCCCAGGAGUUAUGGUGACCUACAACGGAGAAGAAAUUGGUAUGGAAGACGGCGAAGUCACCUGUGAAGAAGGCUACGACCCCCAGGCAAUUAAAGACUGUUCGACAUUCGAUCAAACCAGCAGAGAUUUCGAACGUACUCCUUUCCACUGGGAUAAUACCCCCAACGCUGGUUUUACAACGGGAACCCCUUGGUUACCAGUGUCCGCUAAGGCCAAGGACACCAACUUGGCUGACCAGAAUGUAGAGGGAGUUUCUAGUCACUACAACGUGUACAAGCAGUUGAUGGAAUUCAGGAAGAACUUCCAGAAAACUUUUGCGCUGGAUACGACCUCUGCUAUAAAGUUAACAGAUCAUGUGGUACAGGUUGGAAGAUACGUGGACAAGGAUGAAUUCAUUUUGGUAUUUAAUGUAGGAGAUUUUGAGGAAAUUGUUGAUUUCUACAGAACUAAACAAAGUUACAAAGUUGUGGUUACGAGUGUCAAUAGUUUGUAUAAGCCUGGGGAUUCAGUCGACGAACUGACGCUACUGCCUCACGAGAGUGUUAUUUUGCAAGGGUUCUAAUAAUGAACGAAAUGGGGACCUAUUUUCAGAAAAAACGAAAUGAACGGAAGGCUACAACUAUAUGACAUUAUUGUGAUUUAAAUAAAUAAAAAUCAGUCAUUUUCAUCUUCAAAAGUAA